AUGGGCGCGCGCGUCCGGGCGCUGCUGCUGGCGCAGCUGUUGGUGCGAGCGGGGCUCCGGGGACAGGACGUUCAGGAUCUGGACCGGCUGUUUCCAGGUAAGGCGCCCGGGACGCGCGCCUCCCCGCGCAGGGCACCUGAGCCGGAGCGCAAGGGGCGCCUCAUCUUUUCCUCUCCCCGCCCAGGUUUCGAGAACUCGUCGUUGCUCACGUGGCCCUGCGGCCGCCGAACCGUUUCGACGACGCGCGUGGUGGGCGGCAAGGACUCGGAGCUGGGGCGCCGGCCGUGGCAGGGCAGUCUGCGCUCGUGGGGCGCCCACCACUGCGGCGCCAGCCUGCUCAACCGCCGCUGGGUGCUGUCGGCCGCGCACUGCUUUGAAAAGCACACUGAUCCCUUUGAGUGGUCCGUGCAGUUUGGCGAGCUGUCUGCCUCACCGUCCAUCUGGAAUCUGGAGGCCUACUACAACCGAUACCAGGUGGAGGAGAUCAUUUUGAACCCCAUGUAUCUGGGGGCUUCAUCCUCUGACAUCGCCCUGCUGAAGCUGUCCUCCUCCGUCACCUACAACAAGUACAUCCACCCCGUCUGUGUUGCGGCCUCUUCCUCGGAGUUCCAGAACCAGACUGACUGCUGGGUGACGGGCUGGGGGAACAUCGGAGAAGAUCAAGUGCUGCCAGCCCCCUACCUCCUCCAGGAAGUACAGGUCGGCGUCAUCAACACCACCAUGUGUAACUACCUGUACGCACAGCCCCUGGUCCGCUACGACAUCUGGGGGGACAUGGUGUGCGCUGGCGAUUCCCAAGGAGGCAAGGAUUCCUGCUUCGGUGACUCCGGUGGCCCCUUGGCCUGCGAAAAGAGAGGUGUGUGGAUUCAGGUUGGAAUCGUGAGCUGGGGAUCGGGCUGCGGCAGACCCAACCGGCCCGGGGUCUACACCAACGUCAGUAGGCACUUCAACUGGAUCCGGACGCUGGUGGCCCGCGGCGCCCCCAGGCCAGUCCCCUCUCGGCAGCUCCUGCCCCUCGCUGUGCUCUGGGCCGGGCUCCCGCAGCCGGCCUGAGCCCAACGGAGUCCUGAGAGCUGGGGCCGUCUGCUGAGCCAGGCCCCGCCCCCCACCUUGUCCCUUU